AGUGUGUUUGAGUGUGUGAAAGUGUCAUCGAACAAACAACAUCGUCGUUGUUGCUAGUGAGCACUGUGAUAUCUUUGCGUAUUACACGACUACAACCGUAGAAAGAAAGAAAAAACGAAACGAAACGAAAAGAGAACCGUCAUGUUGUGUCAAUGUAUUUUCCCUUGAUGUGAACGAGAGACGAGCGAAUAGAAAAAAAAUAACGUCGACAGAAUAAGACAGCGACAUGCAUACAGUGACAGUUCGACAGCAUUAAGGCGCAAAUAAGAGCAAACGUCUACAUUGCAUAGAGAAAAACGCCAAGUUGAAUUUUAGUUUUUUUUUUGUUUGUUCAACUUUCCGUACCAAAGAAGAAAAAACCUAUUUUAUUUUUCAUUUUAUUCUCUAAUUUCGCGCAUCCACGAAAAACAAAAACCGUCGACUUUGUGAACCAAAAUAUACGAUCGUGAAUAUGCCCGAAAAGGCACAAUGCAUACUAUUUAAAAGGAAAUGGCGAUAUUUGCAUCAUCAGCGAUCAAAUGACAACAACAAUAAGAACGAAACAAUAACACAAAAAUCCGUAAGCCAAACAGAUUUCAACGCCUAUAAAUCAUAGUAAAUAACGCGAGACACAGUGAAAAAACACAUACACACACACACACGCAAUAAAUGCACUGAUUUUGAUAAGCUGCAAGUGUGUAAACGACAAGGAAUUAUUAGCGGGCAUCGAUAGUAAAUAUACAUUUUGAACCUGUAAACGGAAUACAAAACAAGAACGCAACACACAAAGAAUAAAAGCCAAAACAAAAAGGAAACAAACAAACGCAAUUGAGAUAAAGUGACAGUUUCGAGUGUGUGUAUUUUGGAUGUGCCAUUGUUUGUGGAAUAAAUAAAGAAAUUACGGACAUCGAUCGACCAGGCGGGAAAAAGUAGACGAACAAAAUCAACGGCAUACUAAGCCACAAAAGGAGGGACAAAGGAGAUACGAAGCACAUUUUUCUACUAGACGAAUAAGACACACUGUUUUCGUUGUGAAGCAUCCAUAAUAAAUAUUAUUUAUCGUAGUUUGGAAAAUGGAAGUUGUUUCAAAUCGCGUUAAAGAGAAUCAUACGAUUUCGGCGGAUACGUUGGACGAUUUGGCCAGUCGAUUCAUCAUCAACAUACCGGAUAAUGAUCGUUCGAACUUCGUACGAAUAUGCUUUCAAAUUGAAUUGGCUCAUUGGUUUUAUUUGGACUUUUACUGUACGGGCGAAGAGAAUCAUGCACUUGUGCCGUGUGGCAUCAAACAGUUUGCUAGCCAUAUAUUUAACCACAUUCCAUUUUUGUCGUUGCAUGUUAAAAGUUUGGACAAUAUUUUACAAGAAUGGAAGCAGUACAAAAUGUCGGUGCCAACGUAUGGUGCAAUUCUGAUGACAUCCGAUUUAAAGCAUGUUCUGUUGGUGCAAUCGUAUUGGGCGAAAAGUUCGUGGGGAUUUCCAAAAGGCAAGGUCAAUGAAAACGAAGACCCGUUACACUGUGCGAUACGAGAGGUAUACGAGGAGACUGGUUACGAUAUAGCUAGUUUAGCGAAACCGGAUGAAUUUAUUGAAGGUGUGCUCAAUUAUCAAUAUACACGCUUAUAUUUGAUUCGUGAUGUACCGAUCGAAACGGUAUUUGUGCCACGCACUCGCAAAGAAAUUAAGUGCUGUGAAUGGUUUUCAAUUGAGCAUCUGCCAACGCAUAAAACGGAUCCAGUGUCGCGCAAUCAUCUCGGCAUCAAUGCCAAUUCAUUUUUCAUGAUAAUGCCGUUUGUGAAACGCCUUAAAAAAUGGAUAAACGAACAAUCGCACGGUAAUCAAAUGAGCAAAAAAUCAAAAGGCAACGACAGUAAGCAUAUGAUGACGGCGGGUGUGAUCGAUAGUAUUGCGGCAACAACGGUCGCAAUCGCAACCACACUGAACGAACGAAACGAUGCCAAAUCACCGAAUACGGUAUUCUUCAAGAAUAAUGCGGGCCAUCGACGUCAGCGGCACAAGUCAAUGGGCGAUUUUGACAGUACAAAUGUUGUAACGCACGAUUCGACCGGCGACACACAGCAUGCAAAGCAGGCAAAUUCGGGUGGCAACAAAUCAAAUGGCAUCGGCAGCGGCGUUGCCGAUACGAAUGGUGUGGGAAAACCGAUUGGUGGCAAACGAAAACUGUUUGCCGUCGAUCAAGCAUCGACCAAACGAUCGUCGUCACCAUACGCAAGCAACUUUCAAUUACAACCGGUGCAACAGUUCAAUGCAAAGGGCAUCAACAACGCCAAAUCCACAACGCCGCAAUACAUUUUACUGAAACCGGACGUCUAUCGGAAAUUGAAAAAUGGCAAACAACGAAGUGGAUUUGAUCAGAAUGGCGAUGACAUGGAACAUCAAUCGGAAAAUGAAUGUCAGUCGAGCGGUGGCGGUGGUGGACAGCAGAAGCAACAAAAAUGGUUAUUUAAUCCGCCAAAAUUGUCGCAAUUACUCAGCAAGGAGCCGAAUAUUGCCAAUUGGUCGAAUGUACGACUUAACAAAGACGUUAUCAUGCAUGAAUCGCUCAAAUUCUCCGGCAAAUUGACCCAUUCGAAAUGAGCCAUAGCAAAUGUCAUUUUACAUACAAACAAAAUCAAUCAAUCAAUCAACGGUUUCCGGCUACUAAAUGAAUUAUCAUCUGGUUUUCCCAUGCAAAAUCCCUUGCAUCUUCAGUCCCGUCGUUGUCAAGCAACAGCACACCAAAUGUUUUGAACUCUUGUGAUGAAUUGUGUUCAAUAAGAAAUUCCCAUACGUAUUUAGUCGAUUGUCUUCGUAAUCGAUCACCUAGCGCUCGUUUGAUGUCGUUCAAAGCAAAACCCAAAUUCGUUUUUUUUUCGUCGAACUGCCACGUAGUGGAAAUACUUUUUCACCUAAAACACAUACACACACGAUGCGACAACAAACUUUAACCAUAUUUGGUAAAACAACAUAACAUUUCGAUUACAACAAAGAAUCACACAAUUUCAUUGCGACGACAACAACAACCGCAAAUCUUCGUAUUCGUCCGAUCCGGACCAAUAAAGAGCAAACAAAUAUGUAAUUUGACUUGCAACAAUUCAAUUUUUUUUCCAAAUGCGACAAUUAAAAAUACGAAUAUUGUUAAAUACAAUUCAAUGAAAGCUUUAAAACUACUAUUUUUUCUCGAAUUGUAACAAAAUUCACAUUAAUAAAGAAAAAAAAUGGAAACAAACAAACAGAACGUGACGAGAAAAAUUUUUUUAAUAAAAAGAAAACCAGAUAUUUUUUAUUACAA